GCGCGAGGAAGCCGCAGGGCGCCAUGGAUCCACCUGUCGCCAGUAGUUGCAUGAGGAAUCCUCACCCUCCCUCCGCGCUCUGGGGAUGCCUGCGCCGCCCCCACAUCGAGGGCCGAGGGCCCGUCGAGCCGCCCCACUAUCCUCAAGCCCCCUUUGCGCUCCACCAGAAACCAGACUUGGGGCUUUACGAGGACUUCUCGGCCUCCUGCCUGGCCACGGCCCCCCAGAGCUUUUCUCGCGCUGAACGCGCUUUCGAGGAACGUGGCGUUUCCUUCCAGCAGCCUACCUGGCAUUUGGCGGCCUCCGAGAGCAGGCGGAUGCUAUCGGCGGAAUUGGCUUUGGGGUCAGGGGGCCAAGAGGAGGGCAGCCCCAGCUUGGGGGACACCAGCGAAAAUGACUUCCUGACAGGGAAUGUGUCAGGCGACGCUGAGAAUAGAACAGCCCAGCGGAGAAGGGGAAACGCAGAAAGCCAGGACACAGGCAGUGGCAGCCCUACCACCACCUCAAAGAAAGAAGCUAACAGCUCCAGAACACGGAAGGAGCGCACAGCAUUUACCAAGGACCAGCUGCGGGAGCUAGAGGUGGAAUUUGCUCACCACAAUUACCUGACGAGGCUCCGGAGAUACGAGAUUGCGGUGAACCUGGACUUGACAGAAAGACAGGUCAAAGUAUGGUUUCAGAACCGCAGGAUGAAAUGGAAACGUGUGAAAGGUGGACCACCAGUGUCACCCCAGGACCACAUGGAAGACAUGGACUCUGCUCCCUCCCCAAGUUCAGAAUAGCCUCUUCUCCAAUAAAUUGAUUUCUAUCAACCUUGUAGGAAUAUUGGGAAUACCACUAUUAAGCAAGUGGUAAUCCUCCCUAAGAUUUCUCUCAUGACUUCAACGUUGGAGUCAGGAAAUAGAGCCAGUGGUGCUUCCCAGGAAGAUGGAUUCCUUUAUUCUCCCUUUCUUGGAGUGGGUAAACCACAAAGAAGGAAGAAGGACCAGAACUGUGCAAGAUAGAUUCCUGGCAAUUCUAUGGUUGAAAUCAGUGACCGUUUUAGAAAAAAGAAGCUGACUUGGAAACUGUGUUCAGUCCAAACUACUGCCCAGGUUUUCAUUCGUAAAGAAAUGUUGUUGCAACUUUGAAGGAGCAACCCUGCUGUUCACAUGUGUUGUUUGGUUAGCCUCCUGUGAUCUUAUAAAGGAACUCUUACAGAGCUAAUCUCUUGAGAAGGUUUCCACUUGAAAACAAAUGCUUCCUUCAGUGAAUUGGAUAAGCCUACAUGCUGUGCUUUUAAUGGCAA